AUGAUUACACACCGGAGGGCACUACAUUUUGCAAUAUUCGCAGAUGAGGGAUCCGAUGGGUUGCAGGUCGUUCUUCAAGAGAAGUCGUGGAGGGACGCCCAAGAGUACUGUCGAGUGAAUUACACUGACUUGGCCGCUGUGAGGAGCCAGACUGAAAAUCAGGCAGUAGCAGAGCAAAUGAUUGAAGGGCUGUCCUUGGUCUGGAUCGGUUUGUUCAGAGAUGAGUGGAAAUGGUCAGACCAGAGUGACAGCUCCUUCAGAUACUGGCACAGCUCUCAGCCAAAUCAUGAUGGAAUCUGUGCAUUGUAUUCUCCCCCUCACAAGUCGUGGUAUGACAGAAAAUGUAGUUAUUCCACUCCCUUCUGCUGCUAUAAGGACGUAGAAAAGAGAGAAAAGACAAUUGUGAGGUUGGAAAUUACGUCAAAUUCAUUUUUGGACAUCGGUGACUCUGCGGUGAGCGAAGCCGUUUUGAAGCAAAUUCAACAAAAGUUUGAUGAGCGGCUCAAGCUUCAGUGGAGGGUGCAGCCAGAUGGGAAGAUCUUCCAUAGAAAAGAAAAGAAGAAAAUCAUCAAAGACUGUUAGACUGAGAGGAAUUUAAAAAAGGAGAUAUUGCUGGUCCUGCUGCAUUGAUGUUUAUCUGUUUUUAACUGUCCAUCAUGAGUGUGACAAUGUUAUACAAGUGCAAUGGUAAUUGGUGGCCUACUCUUUAAAGGCAACAAAAAGAAACACUUGUGACUUUUUUUCUUUAAGAAUGACUUUAUGUUCCCCCGCAUUACUGCAUUAUAAAGGCUGACCAUAGUAAUACAACGAGACAAGCUCAACUGAAAACGAAAAAAAGGCAAUCGAUAAAGAAUAACAGAAGAA